AAUAACAAAAAUGAAUAUCUGAUUCUACUGAAGUAAAACGAUAAGAUCGCGUUUCCCAUUCGUCAGUAUUAUAAUUAUAAUACUCAAAUAACUACAAAAAAUUGAUGGCAUCAAUCCUCUGUCUUCGGAGUUUGUGAGUAAAACAGUCAUUUUGGCUCAUUCAUUAACCGGAACGUUUUGGAUUCGCUUUGAUUCGCUUCAUGAUACUAGAGAUCGGCUACUUAAACAAUCACCAUACAAAUCUGAUAUUGGAUUAAUUAAGAUUUAAGAACCAAUUUCUCAAUGGAGAACCAAGUCGGGAGAAGUAGCUGCCGGCGGCAAAGGGUGGUCCUUUUCCCGCUACCAUUUCAAGGCCAUAUAAACCCAAUGCUUCAACUGGCGAAUAUACUCUACUUCAAUGGCUUCUCGAUCACUAUCAUUCACACUAACUUCAACUCCCAAUACACAUCAAAUUACCCUCAAUUUACCUUUCGAGCUGUUCUUGAUAACGACUCGAAAGACAAUAAUCUUGCCAAGUUAUCUUCUAAAGGAAUCGGUGAUCUUCUUUCCGGCAUCAUGGUGUUGAAUCAGUGUAGUGAAGAAAGCUUGCGCCAAGAGUUGGAUCAGAUGUUAAUCGCUUCAAAACAACAACAGGAGCCUAUUGUGUGUUUAAUCACAGACGCUCUUUGGUACUUCACUCAAUCGGUGGCAGAUAGUCUAAAGCUUCCGAGGAUGGUUUUGAGGACAAGCAGCUUGUUUUGUGUUAAUGUUUACGCCUCCAUCCCUGUUCUUGAAGACCAGGGUUAUUUUAACCAAGCAAACAGUGUUUUUGAUGAAGAGAACAUAGAUUUAGGUCUGAAGAAUAUUAUAUCGCCAAACAACGAAAGAGACUUUAAGAAACCUGAAGGCACCGAGUUAGUUUUUGAUUUGGAAGAACGGGUGCCUGAGAUUCCAGUUCUUAAAGUGAAAGACAUCUCAAACAUGAGAAUCAAAGGCCAGACAGAUCCCACAGCGAAAUUACUAGCUAAAAUGUUGAAACAAACAAAGGCAUCUUCAGGAAUCAUUUGGAACUCUUUUAAAGAGCUUGAAGAACCCGAAUUCCAAAAGAUCUGUAAAGACUUUCCUGUUCCAUCUUUCUUGAUAGGCCCAUUUCACAAAUACUUUCCUGCCUCAUUGAGCAGUUUACUGGAACCAGAGAGAAGCUUUAUGUCAUGGUUAGACCAUCAAGCACCUAAAUCCGUACUAUACAUAAGUUUUGGUAGUGCUGCUCAACUAGAAAAGCAAGAUUUCAUGGAAGUAGUUCAUGGUUUGGCUAUUAGCAAGCAGCCAUUUUUGUGGGUGAUGCGACCUGCAUUUGUGAAAGGUUCAGAGUGGAUCGAUCUGUUACCAAAUUGGUUCCUGGAUCUGGUGGGUGAAAGGGGGCAUAUUGUGAAAUGGGCUCCUCAACAAGAAGUACUAGCUCAUCAAGCAACUGGAGCAUUUUGGACUCAUAAUGGAUGGAAUUCGACAUUGGAAAGCAUUUGUGAAGGUGUUCCUAUGAUUUGUUCUCCGUUUUGGGGUGAUCAGCCACUAGAUGCAAGAUAUGUGAGCGAUGUUCUCAAGGUUGGGGUUUACCUGGAAAACGGGUGGGGGAAAGAAGAGAUAGCAAGUGCGAUAAGAAGAGUAAUGGUGGAGGAAGAAAGGGAAGAGUUUAGAGAGAGGGCAAGGUGUUUGAAAGAAAAAGUAAAUGUUAGCCUAAUGAAAGGGGGCUGUUCAUAUGAAUCUUUACAGUCUUUGCUUGGUUAUAUAUCUUUGUUAUAGUCGAGAUGUUCUUCAUAUUGAUGGAGAAAAUCUGAAUUUACUAUUAUUUCUUAUGUUAUUACAUAAUAACAACAUAAAGCACUUCCAAGCU